AUGGGAGCAGAAAAGUCAGCGGGGAAGUGACCAAGCCCAUCUACGGCUGCCAGGUCACCAUCCAAUCAGAGCAGGAGAAACAGAUGAUGAAGAUGUACCGCAGGGAGGAGAAGAGAGAGAGGAAGAGAGGCAAAGGAGGAGACGACAGCGACGCAUCGGAUGCUCUCUUGACCUUUGACCCCAGAGAGAUGAGAGCUCUGAGGGAGCACGCCCUGCUGACUGCCCGACGUGAGCCCGUGUUCAGCAGAGAGAGAGUGUACGAACGCAUCCGAUAUCCCAACGUCUACGACUGCUACGCAGAGGCCACAAAGAGUCCUGCGUUUGUGGGAGGAGCCAAGUUGCUGCUUCCCGAGGGAAUCCGCAGAGACAACAGUAAGAUGUAUGAAGAGGUGGAGAUCCCGCCCAACGAACCCAUGCCCAUUGGCUUUGAAGAGAAGCCUGUCUACAUCUCUGAACUGGAUGAGAUCGGGCAGCUGGUGUUUAAGGGGAUGAAGCGCCUCAACAGGAUCCAGUCUCUGGUGUUUGAGACGGCCUACAACACCAACGAAAACCUCCUCAUCUGUGCUCCGACCGGCGCCGGCAAGACCAACAUCGCCAUGCUGACCGUCCUGCACGAGAUCCGCCAGCACCUGCAGCCCGGCGGCGUCAUCAAGAAGGACGAGUUCAAGAUCAUAUACGUGGCUCCGAUGAAGGCCUUGGCAGCUGAGAUGACUAAUUACUUCAGUAAGCGUUUGGAGCCACUGGGCAUCGCUGUUAAAGAACUCACUGGAGACAUGCAGCUAACCAAAGGAGAGAUCCUGCGAACACAGAUGUUGGUGACGACUCCAGAGAAGUGGGACGUCGUGACCAGGAAGAGUGUCGGCGACGUGGCUCUCUCGCAGAUCGUGCGUCUCCUCAUUCUGGAUGAAGUUCACCUCCUCCAUGAAGACCGAGGACCCGUGCUGGAGAGCCUGGUGGCCAGGACCAUCAGACAGGUGGAGUCCACUCAGAGUAUGAUCCGGAUCCUGGGACUGUCAGCCACCUUACCCAACUAUCUGGACGUGGCCUCCUUCCUCCAUGUCAACCCGUACAUCGGCCUCUUCUUCUUCGACAGUCGCUUCAGGCCGGUGCCGCUCGGACAGACGUUUGUUGGAAUCAAAAGCAACAACAAGAUCCAGCAGCUUCAUGACACGGAGGAGGUUUGUUACAACAAAGUUCUGGAGCAGGUCAAGGCCGGCCAUCAGGUGAUGGUGUUCGUCCACGCUCGUAAUGCCACGGUGAGAACGGCCAUGGCACUGAUCGAGAUGGCAAAGAACCACGGAGAGACGUGCUACUUCCAGCCCGAGCAGAGUUCUGACUACGGCCAGUGUGAGAAACAGGUCCAGCGCUCCAGGAACAAGCAGGUGAAGGAGAUGUACCCAGAAGGCUUUGGGAUCCACCAUGCCGGCAUGCUGCGGUCGGACCGCAGUCUGAUGGAGAGCAUGUUCUCCAAAGGCCACCUCAAGGUGCUGGUCUGCACGGCCACGCUGGCCUGGGGAGUCAACCUGCCGGCUCACGCUGUCAUCAUCAAGGGAACUCAAAUCUACGAUGCAAAGCGUGGCACUCUGGUGGAUCUGGGGAUCCUGGACGUCAUGCAGAUUUUCGGGCGUGCUGGUCGUCCUCAGUUCGAUAAGUACGGCGAGGGAACCAUCAUCACCACCCACGACAAACUGAGCCACUACCUGACCCUGCUCACCCAGCAGAACCCCAUCGAGAGCCAGUUCCUGGACAGUCUGGCCGACAACCUCAACGCCGAGGUGGCUCUGGGGACGGUCACUAACGUGGAGGAGGGGGUGAAGUGGCUCAGUUAUACUUACCUGUACGUCCGCAUGAGGGCCAACCCGCUGGCAUACGGCAUCAACCACAAAGCCUAUCAGACGGAUCCGUCGUUGGAGCUGUACAGGAAGGAGCUGGUGGUGGAGGCCGGCAGGAAGCUGGAUAAAGCCAGAAUGAUCCGCUUUGAGGAGAGAACUGGGUACUUUGCCUCCACCGACCUCGGCAGGACCGCCAGCCACUUCUACAUCAGAUACAACACCAUCGAGACUUUCAACGAAAGCUUUAACUCUCAGCGAACUGAAGGCGACAUCCUCAGCAUCGUGUCCAAGGCCGAGGAGUUUGAGCAGCUGAAGGUUCGCGAUGAGGAGAUGGAGGAGUUGGAGCAGCUGCUGUGUAACUACUGCGAGCUGCCGGCUGCAGGCGGCGUGGAGAACAGCUACGGGAAGAUAAACGUUCUGCUUCAGACGUACAUCAGCAGGGGAGAGGUGGACAGCUUCUCCCUCAUCUCAGACCUGUCCUAUGUGGCUCAGAACGCCGCUCGGAUCGUCAGGGCUUUGUUUGAGAUCGCCUUGAGGAAGAAAUGGCCGGCCAUGACGUACCGCCUGCUCACGCUCUGUAAGGUGAUCGAUAAGAGGCUGUGGGGCUUCUCCCACCCGCUCCGUCAGUUCUCCAACCUGAGCCACGUCGUGCUGAACCGCCUGGAGGAGAAGAAGCUCACUGUGGACAAACUCAAGGAAAUGAAGAAGGAUGAGAUCGGUCACAUGCUGCAUCAUGUCAACAUCGGACUAUCAGUCAAACAGUGUGUCCACCAGAUCCCCUCCAUCACCAUGGAGGCCAGCAUCCAGCCAAUCACACGCACCGUCCUGCGCGUACGCCUCAUCAUCACACCGGACUUUCGAUGGAACGACCAGGUCCAUGGGUCAGUGGGUGAGCCGUGGUGGUUGUGGGUGGAGGACCCCAUCAACGACCACAUCUAUCACUCUGAACACCUCCUCCUGCAGAAGAAGCAGGUGGUGACAGGAGAGCCUCAGAACAUCGUGUUCACCAUCCCCAUCUUCGAGCCGCUGCCCUCUCAGUACUACAUCAAGGCCGUGUCCGACCGCUGGCUGGGGGCCGAGGCCGUCUGCAUCAUAAACUUCCAGAACCUCAUCCUGCCCGAGAGACACCCCCCACACACAGAGCUGCUGGACCUGCAGCCGCUGCCUGUGACCGCUCUGGGUAACCGGGAGUACGAGAGCCUCUACAAGUUCACUCACUUCAACCCCAUCCAGACGCAGAUCUUCCACACGCUGUAUCACACGGACACUAACGUCCUGCUCGGGGCCCCGACAGGCUCCGGAAAAACCAUCGCAGCAGAGAUGGCCAUGUUCAGGGUCUUCAACAAGUACCCGACUGCUAAGGUGGUGUACAUCGCCCCCCUGAAGGCCCUGGUCAGAGAGAGGAUCGAGGACUGGAAGGUCAGGAUUGAGCAGAAACUGGGGAGGAAAGUUGUGGAGCUGACGGGUGACGUGACUCCAGACAUGAGAGCCAUAUCUCAGGCCGACCUCAUCGUCACCACACCUGAGAAAUGGGACGGAGUGAGCAGAAGCUGGCAGAACCGAAGCUACGUCCAGAAAGUAGCCAUCCUCAUCAUCGAUGAAAUCCACCUACUGGGUGAGGACAGGGGUCCAGUGUUGGAAGUAAUCGUGUCCAGGACCAACUUCAUCUCAUCUCACACCUCUAAGACAGUCAGAGUGGUCGGCCUGUCCACGGCUCUGGCCAACGCUCGAGACCUCGCCGACUGGCUGGGAAUCAAACAGGUGGGUCUGUUUAACUUCCGCCCGUCUGUUCGCCCCGUGCCGCUGGAAGUUCACAUCAAUGGUUUCCCAGGACAACACUACUGCCCCCGCAUGGCCAGCAUGAACAAGCCCACCUUCCAAGCGAUACGCAGCUACUCUCCUGCCAAGCCGGUGCUCAUAUUUGUGUCAUCUCGACGGCAAACUCGACUGACCGCCCUGGACCUCAUCGCUUACCUGGCCACCGAGGACAACCCCAAACAGUGGCUGCACCAGGACGAGAGAGAGAUAGAGGCGAUCAUCGCCACAGUGAGGGAUUCUAACCUGAAGCUGACGCUGGCCUUCGGGAUCGGGAUGCACCACGCAGGUCUGCACGAGAGGGACAGAAAGACUGUGGAGGAGCUGUUUGUCAACUGUAAGAUCCAGGUGUUGAUAGCCACCAGCACUCUGGCCUGGGGGGUCAACUUCCCCGCUCACCUCGUGGUUGUCAAGGGAACCGAAUACUUUGACGGCAAAUCUCGGCGCUACGUGGACUAUCCCAUCACAGACGUUCUGCAGAUGAUGGGGCGAGCAGGUCGGCCUCAGUUUGACGAUCAGGGCAAAGCGGUCAUCCUCGUCCACGACAUCAAGAAGGAUUUCUACAAGAAGUUCCUCUACGAGCCGUUCCCGGUCGAGUCCAGCCUCCUCAGCGUGCUCUCUGACCAUCUGAACGCUGAGAUCGCUGCUGGAACCAUCGCCUCCAAACAGGACGCCAUGGACUACAUCACCUGGACCUACUUCUUCAGGCGGCUGAUGAUGAACCCCAGUUAUUACAGCCUAGAAGACAUCAGCCACGAGUCCAUAAACAAAUCUUCCACCCUGGUGGAGAGAAGCCUGCGCGACCUGGAGUGCUCCUACUGCAUCGAGAUCAAAGAGGAUGAUCGCACCAUCGAGCCGCUGACGUACGGUCGUAUCUCGUCGUAUUACUACCUGAAGCAUCAGUCCAUCCGCACCUUCAAAGAGCGACUGAGGGCCGAGCUGCCCAUCCAGGAGCUGCUCUCCAUUCUGACGGAUGCUGAGGAGUAUGCCGAGCUGCCCGUCAGACACAACGAGGACCAGCUGAACAGCCAGCUGGCUCAGCAGCUCCCCCUUCAGGUCAACCCCCACUCUUUCGACAGCGCCCACACCAAGACCCACCUGCUGCUCCAGGCCCAUUUCAGCCAUGCCUCACUUCCAUGCAGCGACUACAACACCGAUACCAAGACGGUGCUGGACAACGCCAUCCGAAUCUGUCAGGCCUUACUGGAUGUAGCUGCUAAUGAAGGCUGGCUGGUGACGGCCAUCAGCAUCAUUAACCUGGUGCAGAUGAUCAUUCAGGGCCGCUGGCUGCACGACUCCUCACUUCUGACUCUGCCACACAUUGAACAACAAGAUCUCCAUCUGUUCAGGAAAUGGGCAAACAGGAAGGGGAGGAGCGACGGGGGAGGCUUCAGCGGGCCAAUCGAAGGACUCCCUGAGCUGAUUGCUGCCUGCAGGGGAAAAGAAAGUGUUUUCACUUCUAUCAUCGGCCAAGAGCUGCAGUCAAAUCAAAUCGCACAGGCCUGGUCCUUCCUCAGCAGUCUCCCGGUGCUGGAGGUGGACAUGAGUGUGAAGGGCUGGUGGGAGGAGAGCCAGGAGCAGACGGAGCGCCGCCUCCCCGCAGCCAGAGCCAACCUGAGGGAGGAGAGCAGCUGGCUGGACGUCCACGCUGACCAGGAGUACGUCCUGCAGGUGUCUCUGAGACGCAUCAACCAGGGCCAGCAGAGGAGGAAGCAGGACAGUAAGGCCCAGGCUCCCCGGUUCCCCAAGUCCAAGGAUGAAGGCUGGUUCCUGGUGGUGGGGGAGGUGGAUCGCAGGGAGCUGCUCGCCGUCAAGCGGAUCGGCUAUGUACGCAACCGCACAACCGUGUCGGUCGCCUUUUACACGCCGGAGAAGACGGGAAGGUGUAUCUACACGCUGUACCUGAUGAGUGACAGCUACCUGGGGCUGGACCAGCAGUACGACAUCCACCUGAACGUCACACCUGCCAGCAUCGCUGCUCAGGUCAACACAGAGGUGACUCAGUGAGCGGCCUGACCCUCAGCUGAGCAAAAGAAGAACGAUCAUCAGCAGCCAAACUUCAGACGUGUUUGUUUUUAUGUUUUUCAUUCACAGCUUUGUAUCAGAUUCAGUUAUUAUGUCCUGAAGUUUAUUAAAGCUUCUGAGGAAGACAACAAACGGAACAUCUUUUCCUUCUCUCGUUUACAUGUUUACAGUGAUUUGAAGGAGAAUUCUUCACUUCCUGUCGGUCUGAAAUAAAUAAAUGAUUCUAUAAA